CGUCCCGCGGACGCCUCGCCCUCGCCCUCUCCUCGCGCCCCGCAGCAUCGAACCCGGUCGUCUCUCUCAUGGCCGCGAGCUUCACGAUGAGCGCGCCGUGCGCGUCGCGCGCGGUCGCGUCCGCGUCGACGCGCGCGGGAUCGUCCUCCCGCUCGACGUUCGCCGCCGGCGAGGCGGCCGGGAAAAGAUCGCGCUUUACGACCUCGCGGGGACCGAUCGUCGCGCGCGCGCAUCGCCGCACGCCGAGCUUCGAAUUCCUCAGCGUGACCGCGGGACCGGGGCCGUCGAGCGGAGAUAUUUCCAACGCGGCGAACAAAAACGGCGGCGCCGGCGCCUCCAAACAGCGCACAAGGAACACCCUGAAGCUGAACGAGCUCGGGAACUCGCGCGCGCGCCGCGUGAAGCGCGCGGCCGCGUUCGCGACGCGCCGGACGACGUUCGACCUCCUCGAGGGCCCGUCGCGACGCGUGGGUCGACGGACGACGAGGCGCGGCGCGUCGGGCGGCGCGGGAGACAUGCGCGACGCGAGAGACCCUCUGCUCGGGAUGCUCGACGACCUCGGCGAUCGCGUCGGCAGGAGAGGCUCGCACGGCCGCGCGGGCGCGCCGCCGCCGCCGUGCGCGUCCGCGUCCGCGUCCGCGCACGAGACGUCGUCGUCGUCGUUUGACGACGAGCGAGACGGCGACUUGUUCGAAUCCCCGGGCGGCCGCGUGCGGCGGUCCGCGAACCAUCGCGCGGUGAGGGCGUUCGCCAAGUCUGGCGGCGCGCCCACCGCGCCGCCCACGGCGUCGGCGUGCAAGAUGAACGACGAGGCCGCGCUCGGCAUCUUGUCCGGCCCGAGCGAUCGCUGCGGGCGGUCGAACGAGUGCAAGAAGGAAAAGGCGGGACGGGACGACGCGCGCGGGGGACGAGCCGAGCCGCACGUCGCCGCGAAGCCGCUUCUCGGGAUCCUGAGCGGGCCGGGGAAGCGCGUCGGGCGGAAGCACCGACGCGAGAACCCGUCCGUGCGCGCGUGUUGACGGACGGAUGGAUGGAUGGAUGGACCCGAAUCCGAUCCGAAGCGCUGCGCUUCGCUCGCGAAACCCACCGACGAGACGCGUUUUGAUCUCCUCCGCCGAGGAACGCGCGGAAGAUCGAACGUUCGGUUGUACCGUUGUAUGAUGACUGCUCUCCGCGUACAGUAGUUAGAAGACACGCUCGCAAAAGUUAGUUUUAAGUUUAAUAAGGUUAAUAAUAAGGUUAAUAA